AUGACCAGCCCCACGCCGAGAUAUACCAUUCUGGUGACCAUUGUCGAAGGCCGCUACUUCAUCCGGGACCCAGACUGCCAACUGUUGGUGCAGUGCCAGUUUAACGACGCCCUCUUCAUCGAGAACCCAGAGACUAAUAGCCAUUCCUAUCCAGAGGUUCUCAGCACUGAUCCCGUCGAGCAGACGCCCUACCCAAUCUGGGACACAGAGCUCGCCUGGGAUCUCGACGCGGAGGUCCUUGACAUCCUCCGCAUCGAGCGUGCGUCCCUGAAGCUCAACUGCUUCUCGAUCAAUCAAAAGACGAACGAGGAGGAGUCCUUGGGCCAUGUCAUUCUUGACCUAUCCUCAGCAUUCGAGCCCGAGUCCGCAGAGGAGCAGUGGACGACCCUGACCGGUUCUGAUACUGCCGGUUUCCGCGGCUUGCAGCCCGAGCUCAAGAUUGCCUUUACCAUCGAUGAUGGUAUCUCAGAAGUCACCCCCACGAUCGACACCCUCUUGACCAGUAUCGAGUCCACCUCUGGUUCUGAGGAUGUCGAGCACCUGGAGCAACAUCAGAAGCGCCUCAGCAAGGCCAUGCUCCAUGGUCUCGAGGAGGAAGACGAGACCGAGGAUCAGUACGAGGAUGACGAUCAAGACGCACACGUACCCUCUGUCGGUGACAAGUCCUUCUACCACUCCAGGGACGAUGAUCAUGAUAUCGAUGUACCCGAGUUUGAUGCCGACGAGUCCAUGCAAAUGGAUAUUCCCGUCGACAUUGGCGAGGCAUUGAUCCCUACCGAAGUCAACGACAAGGGUUUCCUUCAGCUUGGUCUCGGUAGAGAUUUCUUCAUCUUUACAAUCACAAUCCAGACCGCCCGGAAUAUGGGCAGCCUUGUUGAACGCUAUGCAGCCUCACAAGAUAAGGGUGUCAAGGCUGUCGAGAAGGGUCUCUACCUUUACUAUAGCUUCCUCGGCAACAACGUUGCUACUCAGUUCCUCAGCAACGCUGCCGAAGGUACUCCUAUUGAGGAGAUCGCCCUGAGGCUAAAGUCAUCCAUGGAGUCGAUGUACCAACACUUCAGAGAUGGCGAAGAGUUAGUGAUCAACCUCUGCCACGAGGCGAAUCUCAUCGGUACAGCCACGAUCCCCUUGGCCGUCAUUCUCCUGCACGGAACCGCGAACCUGUUCCAUGCCAGCCCCCAGUUCUACCCGUUCCAGGCCGCUCUUCAAUCGAACGAGAUGGGUUCCAAGCCCUCGCCAUCUGAGAUCGCCUUCAUCCAGGUCGGCAUGCACGUCACUCGCGAUCUGAACACGCUCUCUGUCCCAAGCACACCGGCCAUCCGUCGCUCGUCGCAGGGCUCAUCCCCGAGAAGGAUCAUCAGACCUCCGGGCAUCGAGGUUGACAUGUCCCGCAAUGUCGCUUCUUCCAGCUCUUCUCGCUCCCCACGUCGACAUGACUACAAGUUUUCGAUUGAGUUGACUUCGUUCAAGUCGCUCUCCCGGAACUUGUCCAACGUUUCUCUGCGGUACAACUACAGGCCAUUUGGACCCAAGUCGACCCAGCCCCCUGUCAGUGUGUCUCGUUUGGUCCCUACCUCAUUGCCUGAUGCGCGCCGUACAUUCCAGCUGUGCCAGACACCAGAAGCCCUCCGUAAUCAACUCAAGACCCCGUUGGUUGUCGAAGUCUGGUGCCAGCACCCCGAGACCCACCAGAAUGUCUUGCAUGCCUCGGGCCAGAUCCAUCUGAUCGAUAUUUUGGAUGAGGGAGCGUCCCCGUCCUCUGAGGGCCGCAUCCAACGUCUCCAAUCAAGUUUUGUGGUAGUCCUGGAGGGUGGAAGCAACCCAGUCGGUGAGAUUCAGUUUGCUUGCUCCCUGGAGGAUCUUGGCGAGUACUUUGACAGCCAACAGAGCGAGAUCCUAUCGACCACGCCCAUUCACUCGAUGGAGCUCCACCAUCAGCACCACUCAAGAGGAAUCUCGGAUGACCUGGCCAGCAGCGGGCCCGAGCCACAGUAUGGUUUCCAUCCAAGAGGCAGCAGCUACGAGGUUAUGUCUUCAGAACAGGAUGAUGAUCGCUCCCAAAGACAUCAGCACCCUGUUUCGCACUUUGCGGAGGGAUACAGUGACCACGAUCGCAUGGAGACUUCGGCGACCCCUGGACGAAACAGUCAGCGACCCGUUUCUGUUCGUCUCUCGCAGGUCCGCCACCUUUCGCAGGCCCACCAGAACAGCCAUCCUCACCACCACCACCCCUAUGGCAAGCCCUCGAGCCCAUCUGGAAAGAACGACCCCCCCAUGGACUACCAGAUGGCGUUGAAGCAGCAGCUUGCUAAGCAGGUCGAGCUCAACCGUCAGGUUGAGUACGAUCUGCUCCGUCGGUCGCCGAUCUCGAGCUUGCCCCAUUCUCUCCAGCAGACACUGCAGGCGGACAAGUCCACACGCCCCAGUACGACUCUUGACAUGUUUGACAGCAAGGACAAUGCCGAGGACAUGAUUGCACAGCAGGCGAAGCAGAAGAUGAAGGAUCUCAAGGCACUGGAUUACCAAGUCCAGAAGCAGUUGAUUGCGCUUGAGUUCCGAGAGCGCAAGCUGUUGCGUGCGGAGGAGGCCCUUCAGCGUCAGCAGACCAACUUCCAAAAGGUUCUGGAUCGCCAUGGAUACUCUCAGGGUGCGUUCCAGCACCCAGACCAACCAUUUGUGAUGCAGAAGUCGUCGAGUGCCGCCAACGGCAACGGCAACCAGUCCAUGAUGGGAAGCAACCCAGCCCCUCAGGAUUUCUUUUUGCUCCAGGAUCGGUUCCGAGCCCUGCAGCGACAGAACCAGCUGUUGGAGGCCGAAUUUAACCAGUACCGACAGGAGCACCCGGCCCAUAUUAACAUGACGAGCGUGAACAAUCUUCAUCAGACGAUUGCGGAACUCGAGUCAACGAACAGCAAGCUGAUGAACGACGUGACGUUCGCGAACAACUAUAAGGAGCACUACAAGGCCUUGUGGACGCAUUCGCUCCAAGAGAUUGCGUCGAUGCGCCAGGAUCUCCAGAUGGGGAUGGAGAUCAAGAUGAUGCAGCAGUUUAACGAGGUCGAUCAGCUGAAGCUCAUGGGCAUGACUCGCGCGGAGGCCGAUCACGGCCAGGACCGGAUUAUUUUGCGCGGGAUCAAGACGGAGCUCGAGAUGCUGCAGCAUCAGAUGCAGCCGUUGUUCCCGGACGAUGAUAUGUCGUGGGAGCAGCAGUCGCAGCAUUCACAGCAGCAGCAACAGCAAAAGUCGCAUCAGGAGGCUCCGAUGCGCGGAUCCGGGCGCCAUGAACAUCGCGGUAGCCGGGAUGAUGAUAGCGAGGACUCGGAUGAUCAUAGCCAGUACGGUCAUCGUCGUGGACUCCAGCAGCAGCAGUUUCCAUUCGGACAGAGUCAACAGCGACACCAGCAGACUCAGCAGCAGCGACAACAGACGCAGCAGCAGUAUCGUGGAGGACAGCAGCAGCAGUUUGGGGGGAUGACAAAGUCAGGGUAUGAGCCUUUCCCGAGUUCGGCGCAGCGUGGUGGUGCCGGCGGUAACGGCGGAGGCAAAUUUCAGGGGAGUUUGGAGUCCCUGAUUGAGAGCGUGAGCAGCAGCAGCAACAACAACAACAACAACCAGAUGAACAGCAGUAGCAGCAGCAAUAUUGGGUUGGGUCGAUACGCACAGGCGAAUAUGGCAACGAACUUGAGCCUGCAGGAGGACGAUGAUGAGGAGCAUGAGGACACGUUGGUCGAUAAUACGAUGUUGCGAUCGAUGAUGGGUAAUGGACAUGGAUCGGCACCUUUCGGUCAAGGCCCCCAGAACCAGCAGGGGGGCAAGUUCCAUGGCGGAUCGAUGAUGGGGCCGUUCUCGAAUACCCAGCAUAUUCACUCUUGA